CCGUUAGGGUUUUAGUUUCUUGACUCUACUUCUUUCAAAGACAUUUCAACCUUAGCCAAACUGUCGCCACUCUCGCCCUCGCUACUUUUCGACCUAAGCCACUCUUGCCGUCCUCUACUCCGCCACUAGCUCUCGCCGUCGGUCAGCAGCCGCCUGAAGCAUCGUCGUGUGAGAUGAAUGUAGAAAAGCUACAAAGGAUGGCCGGUUCUGUCCGGACCGGUGGCAAGGGAACUAUGAGGAGAAAGAAGAAGGCAGUUCACAAAGCUACUACUACGGAUGACAAAAGACUUCAAAGUACCCUGAAGAGAAUAGGGGUGAACGCCAUUCCUGCCAUAGAAGAGGUGAACAUUUUCAAGGAGGAUGUAGUUAUCCAGUUCCUUAAUCCAAAAGUUCAAGCUUCAAUUGCUGCAAAUACUUGGGUUGUGAGUGGCUCUCCUCAAACUAAGAAAUUGCAAGAUAUUCUCCCUGAAAUUAUUCACCAAUUAGGUCCUGACAAUCUCGAGAACUUGAAGAAGUUAGCCGAGCAGUUCCAAAAGCAAAUGCCCGGCACUGCAGAUGCAGCUACUGGUGCAAAUGCCCCACAGGAAGAUGAUGAUGAGGUGCCCCAACUUGUGGAGGGUGAAACCUUUGAAGCUGCUGCUGAUGAGGGACAAAAAUAAAAUUCAAAUUCAAAUUUGUUCCAUUUAAGUGAUUUGAGAUCUUUCCUAUCCUUGGGUGUGUACUGAAUAUGAUGUCUAUUAUGGGAUAUCAAGCUUUAUUAUUACAUGUAUGCUCCUUUCAAAAAAAUAUUACAUGUAUGCUAUUGCUAUUAAUUGAAUCUACUACUCUUCAGAAGUUUUUGGACAUA